UUACUUUUUAUUGUAUUUAAUUUCUUAAAACAGUACACUUAAGUGAGUAGAGUAUUUAUACUCUGUAACUCAAAUUUGGUAAUGAUUCCUAAGUAAUGGGGGCUUGCGAUUUUGUACACACAUUUUGUGGUUUGAGGUAAGGGGGAGGAGAUACAACUAGUGAGGGUAGUGAGUGGGUCUGAGUGUAUGAUAGCAUAUGCACACGAAUGCGUUACCACAGGCUGUUGCACCAUGGUUUUUUACGCUGUUCUUCUUCUCCUUGGUAUCUCUUUGGCGGGUGGGAUGGAGAGUGGUAUUAUUGGUGGAAAAGUUUCUAAACCUCAUUCCAGACCAUACAUGGCAUCUAUUCAGCUUGAAAAUAAACAUCACACAUGCGGAGGGAUGCUGAUCCGAGAGGAUUAUGUUCUGACAACGGCCCACUGUUGGAACCGCAGUGCUGGUCGGGGCAACUUUGAGGUUGUUCUGGGAGCUCACAACAUCCACCAGGAUGAGAAAAGCCAGCAGAGAAUCAAAGUGUUAAAAUACAUCCAACAUCCUAAGUAUCAAUCUGAUAAUACUGAGGACAUCAGCUAUGAUAUCAUGUUACUAAAGCUGAAGAACAAAGCCAAGGUGAAUAGAUUUGUGAAAGUUAUGCCUCUUCCUAAGAAAAAAGAAACAACACCAGCUAAUGUUAAAUGCUCAAUUGCUGGUUGGGGGUUAACAACUCCCAAAGGAGUAGUGGGAUCGAAUGUGAUGCGGGAAGUCACUCUUAUACUGCAGGAGAACUCAAAAUGUAAAGAAAGCUGGCAGCAAUACUUCAACUCUGAGAGAAUGAUCUGUAGUGUUUCAGAUGGGAAACAUGCUUUUUGUCAGGGUGAUUCUGGCAGUCCUCUUCUUUGUGACUCUAAACUUCAAGGAAUGGCUGCAUACACCGAUCCUGAAAGCUGUACAUCCAAGAAGUAUCCCGGACUCUACAUAAAAAUAUCUGCCUUCCUUCCGUGGAUUAGGAAGAACAUUAAGUGAUUGUAAUAGCAUCUCAUUUUCUUAUUUUUGGCUACUCCCUGCUGCUAUUUCCAGUUUUGGUUUGUUUAUAUGUAAUAUAAUUUAUUUGUCUGUAUUGCCUCCUUGGUUAUUUUCAGGGAGGAUCUGGGUCCAUUAAGAUCUUCUAUGAUAUACAGUAGCUUGCAUAAAGUUAAAAUAAUCUUAUCAAGCAAAUCCCGAAUCAGAAACAAUAUCAGCUGUCAUAAAACCCCUUAAAAUAAGACAGACAGUUUAACAAUGAAAAGAAGCCUGAUUGCAGUAUUGUAUACUUCACUCUUUUACAGCUUUUGUUUAAAAUACUUUUAAAUGGGAAUACUAGAAUAAAAUACAUUGCUUUCACUUAAUAAAAAUAAAUAAAAGAAU